CAGCUAAGAAAUGAGUUCAGCGUCCGAAGUCCUGAAAUCUCUAGCCAGACCAUUGAACACGCUUGGCGCAGAGAAUAAAGUGCAAAGAAGAAAAGCACUGGAGCAUAUUCGAGCUGAAACAAUUGCCAGAAAUAUUCCAUUGGAAAAAGACCAACUUCAAGCUAUUGGCUUAGAAUUGCACCGCAAAGUUCUUGUUUGCCUUUCGGAUGAAUCAGAAAAGUGCAGAGAAUUAUCAUUGGAUAUAUUAAAAGAUCUCAUUGUUAUGUGCCCAAAUCCUCUAGUUCUUCUUCCUGCGUUUAUGCCGAUGUUUGUGGACAGACUUGGGCAAGUUGAACUGGUUGAAGAAUCUGAAGAAAUUCGACUUUCCCUCGUUCAAACGUUAUGUGUAAUUAUUGACCUAGCUCAACAGGGAGUAGCUCAGUUUCUUAACGAUUACAUAAAAGUUUUACAGCAGACCAUAAAAGAUGGUUUUGCCGAAGUUAAAAAGGAGAGUUGUAAAUGUGCUUCUAAAUUGGCAAAAACAAUCCCAGCCUAUUUCCACCAGCAUUCAGAAAAUUUAAUUAACCCACUUUUGACUCAAAUAAGCCAUCAGCACUCUAAAGUUCGUGUUGCGGUGAUAGCAUGUCUGGGAGAUGUUAUCAGGUUUGGAAACAACAAAAGUGUCGAGGAUGUGAUUUCUCAUUUCGCUCAAAGGAUUUUUGAUCCUAUUCCUGCUGUUCGUCUAGCACUGACGAAUGUGAUGGGCGACUGGAUGCUCAAUUUGCCAGACCGCUACUCGUUUUGGCAUAGGAUGAUACCACUGCUUCUCUCCGCUGUUGAUGAUUCACACAUCGAAGUUGCCAAUGCUGCUGUGGAUUUUUGGAGAAGGGCUGGAAGGCAAUUUGAAGAAGAAAACGAGCAAGAAUUGAAAGAUAAAUUAGAUUUUUCAGUGGAAUCGCCUGCUUGGUAUCCGGAAGGAGUAGAGAGGCCAUGCAUUGGUUGUCGAGUGCUAAUAUAUCGCAAUUUUGGAAAAUUCAUACAUGGAAUUCAAAAUGACAUCGGUGAUUGGGGAGUUGAGACUCGAAUCAAGACCGCAUCCUUGUUGUAUCAAUGCUUGCUCAAUGUUGAAGACUCGGUUACUCAGUUUCUUGCAAAAGUUUUCAGUGCAUUGCAAAAAGGCGCAUUGGACGAAGACAAGCAAGUGAAAAAGUACAUUGCAGCCUGCGCAGAAAUGAUAGGAUAUUUCGUUAAUCCAGAAAGUUGGUGUAAAAUUCUUCUGCCUGUUGUCAAAGCUGGGCAGAACCAUGCUGGUUUAAUAAUCCUAGCCAACAUAAUCAGAGGAUCACAACCAGACAUACUUAAACACUACUUAGAAGAUGUAGUAUCCACAUGUGCUUCCGACGAUGUAUGCAGAUGUUACCAGCAAUCUUCAUACCUGCUAGGCCUGCAAUCAUUUGUGGCCGAGCUGUGCAGAAAUCAGGUGGCAGAUGUCGAGGUUUACAAACAAGAAUUGUUUGACAUAGUCAUUACAUCAAUGGCGCUGUCAAUUGACGCUGAAACUCGUAAGCACGGAUACCAUUGCUUGGAAAUUUUGUCGCAGUGCUUAAUGUGCGAAGUUGCUGAUUUAUAUUCUCAGUGUACCUCAAAGCUCUUGGAGAGACUAUCAGACAAGAAUAAGCUGAUGUCCAGCUCCUCGAGCGAGUUUCUUUUAUUUGAAGGACUAGUUUUGAGUGCAGGAGCUUCGGUAGGGGUGGCAUUACCGGAAGUUAUGCAUAUGUUCAAAUUAUAUCUUGAACCGGAUAAAGAACCAGAGUUGCGGCUCAAGUUUCUAACCGUUCUCUGCAAACUAGUACUUACUGCGGGAGAGACUUUGAACAGCCAGGGUCAAUUAAGUUUACAUUCCAUGUCUUUGGCGAAGGAUGUCUUAAUGCCAAAUUUGAUCUGGAAAGCCGGAAGGACCAAUGAAGCCACUCGAACUUCAACUAUAACUGCUUUAUGGGCCAUUCUAGAAGGCGAGUUUAUCAGCAAACACGACUUGAGAGUAAUUGCAGAAGAAAUGGUUCCUUGUCUCACCUCAAUGCUGGACGAAGACAGUACAACUGCACGAAUUAUUGCAACAAAAGCGUUGGGUAGACUGAUUUCAACGACAUCACUGGACCCCGAUGAGCUUCAUAAAGUAAUACCCGACUUGAUUAAACGGCUGGAUGAUAGAGAGAACUCAGUGCGUUUGAAAGUGACCGAAACCCUGAUAGAACUCUCAAAUGCACUGCCAAAUCCAUAUAACAGUGGACUGUAUAGAGCACACUGUGAGAAUAUGUAUGAGGGUUUGUUGAUUCAUCUAGACGACCCAGACCUGGAGAUUCAAGAUGCGGUUUUUGAAGUCCUCAAAGCUUCGCUGAGGUUAUGUCCGGAUUCACUGAGGGAUUCGAUCAACUCAGUGAAGCAUAGACACAGGACUCCAACCUAUUGCAACAGUCUUCUGGAAGAAAUUGACCAAAGAGCUAUAGUUGGAGAUCAAUAUUGAACUGCUGCUUUUGCAACCAACUUUUUGUUUUUAUUUCAUAUCUUUGCAUUGCAUAUUAUUAUUCAUCUUGAACGUGUACACAUAACUACAGUGCUGGUUUAAAUUAUCCGGCUUAAAUGAGCAAAGUAGAGUUUUUAAACACGUUUUUCUAAAGUUGGGCUGAGAAUAGACAAAAAUUGAUGAGAAGUUAAGUUGGUUAGAAUUUUACCAGCAUUAUUAUGUUGCAAUUUUUUUUGGCGAAUUUUGGGCCAAAAUUUUACAAGCUACAGUCACGGGGCAUAGAAGUAGCAACUUUUUUUUUAAUUCAACGAGCAAAUGAACGAAUUUUUGUCGUUCUCUUUGAAUCUGAUUAAGAUAUAGGGUUAUUUUUUUCGCAUGCUAGAUGCAAUUAUUUAACACUUAGCCAGGUCAAAAUUUGAUUUCGAAUCUUUUUGCGAAGGCGUGAAUUGGCCAGCAUCUCAAAACUAAUUUUAGAAGUGUUCUUUCUGUGGACACCCUCGCAAAUAAAAUAAGGAUUGUAAUUGUUGGGCUUAUUUUAGUUCUCUGGGAAACUGGCGAGCUUGAUUUUCAGCUUAUUCCACCUAAAAACGACCGAUAACAGAAUUGAAGAAGUAACUUGGACCGGCGUCCUAAAAAAUGUGAGUUUUUUCCGGCUUAUUCGCUGAAAUAGUUCAUUUGUUGACUUAUUUUGAAAUAAGGUUUAUCAGAAUUCAACCCGGUUAAGUCAUUUCAAUUAAUCUCAUCUAGUAUGUGUCCAAAAAUGAACCCUUUAUCUUCAAUAGUUUCAGAAAAAAAACAGCCUUCGAAAUAAGGUUUAUCAGAAUUCAACCCGGUUAAGUCAUUUCAAUUAAUCUCAUCUAGUAUGUGUCCAAAAAUGAACCCUAUAUCUUGAAUAGUUUCAGAAAAAAACGACAAAGUUGUGCAGAAAAAAUACGUUCAUUUUUUAAAACGAAAUCAAAAACUUGCAACUUCUAGAUCACUUAGACUGUUCAAAGUCAGCCUUUUAUUCAGGCCAACAAAGUUUUAAAAGAAUAUAACCUCCAAGGAUUUACGCAA